UGUUAGUGUUGUGUAGAGUUCAGGUUGUUCAGUUUCUUGUUGUUUUCCUUUUUAUUGUUACCUGUCAAAAGAAUAUUAUUUUUUCUUUAUUUCCUUUUUUUCUCCAUCUAUUUUCAUGGUAACUUUUCUACACACGUUAAUCAUGUUGUUCUCUUUUACUUGUAUUCCAAUGGAUUAAUCAUUUGUUUUUGUUUUCUUCUUUCUUUUUCUCCAAUUAUUUUUACCUUCUCUCUUCUCUCUCAUCGGAUUAACGGGUGAAAAUUGGAUGGAAUUUCUUAUGAUGUGUCCCAUGACUUUCUCCUGUUUGUUGUUACCAAUCAAACGUUGAUUCUAAAUUCUGGUUUUCUCUUUUUCUCUUGGUCUUGUGUUUUCUUCUCUUUCCAAAAAACACCAAAACCAACAAGAAGGAAAAGAACAUUUUUUUGUUCUAUUCUCUUUUACAAAAUAUUAAUGUGAUUAUCUUAUUUUAAUAUAACCAUCAUUUGGCUUCUUCUUCUGGUACUGGUGUUUAUCUUCAUCAUCUCUCCCUCUCGCCAUUUCUUUGUGUGUUAAUAUCUCUCUCUCUGGGGAAAAUCAACAUUCUGUUCUCAUGUGUAUAUGGUUGAUAAAUCAUCUUUACCAUUUGUAUUAAUAUACGUUAAUCACCCAAGUUUAUUAACAUCAUUUUCCAUCGUUUGAUUUUUCAUUUUCUCCAUUAAAUCUUGUUCUUCCCUAAUAAGAAAUUAAGUUGUAACCCCAAACAAAAAAAAAAUGGAUACCUCUUUUUGUCGACAUCAAUUGUUACUCUCAUCAUGUUUACUGUGACUACAGUUAAUCAGUGUGUUAGGCCUGGAGAAGGUAUUAAAUGAAACAUAUUAGCUUUUCUAGCUGGUUUCAUUCCCUUCUGUUAAUCAUCAUCAUUUAUUAUCAAUUGAAGGCCUUUCUCCUUUAUUUAACAAUCAAAUCAACACCAAUAACAACGGCUUUUAAUCCAGAUCGACAACAUGAAACACCAUGGAACCCUGGUAUUAGUUGGUUCUUUGGUAUAUCUUUUUGUUGCCAGUGAAUCAACACCAUUUAAUAAUAAUAAUAAUAAUAAUAGUGAAGAUGAUCUUGAUCUUGUAUCAUCGCCAUCAUCACCAUCAUCAUCUUCAACUCUAUCUCCAUCUUCAUCAUCAAAAAUGUCAAACCACAUGAUGGUAACUUCAUCUUUACCAUUGACCAAUAGUAAUAAUUUUAGUAAUAAUAGUAAAUCUGAUCUUUCACAAAGUAAUAAUAUUAUAAAUAAUAGCAAUUCUCACAAUUCUACUACAAUAUUCAGCUCAUUAGCUGAUGCACCAUCUUUAUCAUCAUCAUCAUCAUCAUCUUCUCUUCCACCUCCAUUACCAUCGAGUAGUUUUUUGCAAAGUAACAAAAGUUUUCCAUUAAACAUAAAUAUCAAUAAUGUGACAAUUUCUCCACCAACAUCGUAUAUGCUUCCAAGAGAUUUGAACACAACUUCAUCAUCUCCAAGUGAAGGCUUGAUGACAGCUCAAAUUUUUCCAAAUGCUCAAGUUCUUAAAGGAACAUUGAACGAUACUGCAAUUCUUAGAUGUUUAAUUAUUAAUAGAAAUACUAAUUUUCCUCCUAAAAACGUUAUCUGGGAGAAGAUAGUGACAAGGUCCAUUGGUACCAAUAGUGAUAAUAAAGAUGAUAAACCAUCGUUAACUGUUCAAAGUGAACCAUGGGAGCCAAUAAUUUAUGAUGAUAGAAUUUUUCUUGGUACAAAUAAUAAUAAUGUCGGCGGAGGAGGAGGAGGAGGAAAUGGAUCUACAACAAUAAGUUCUACUUUUGGUGAUGACCUGGAUCGAUUCAGUUUAACUAUUAAAUCACUUCGUUUAAGUGACAAUGGGACGUAUGCAUGUCGAGAUGCUGGAGGAAUUGGUGAUCAAUUGAAUAAUAAUGGAAACUUAUCCCGUUUAGAUUUAUUUGUCAUUGAACCAGCUCGAUUAGAUUCAUUAACCAUUGAGCCAAUUAAUCCAAGAAGUGUUAACAUCUCAUGGUUAUUACGUAGCAAUGGUAACACCCAAGUUCACCGGAUAUACCUUGAGAUGAGAAAUAUUACGGAAACAGGUGACUCAGAGUGGAGUGAAAUCGAUGGAAACAUUGAACCCAAUCGAACGGCUUCUUAUACCGUUUUCCGUCUAAUUCCGGCAUUUUCUUAUGAAUUUCGUUUAGCUGCUUUCAAUGAUGCUGGACAAUCAGAUUGGGUUAUCGGAAAUGUUACCAUGCCACCGGAUGUACCUUCACCGGUUACACAACUUCAUGUUCUUUCCCGAACCAAUGAAACUAUUUGGAUUGGCUGGAGGAAACCACCAGAAGAUAAUGGUGCCGAUAUAAUUGAAUAUAUUCUUGAAUUAAGAGAUGCCGAUGAUCGUUUAUUGUAUAAUAAAUCAUUCCAAAUCAAUAGAGAAACUGGUGGAAGUGGAUCAAGGUUAAUGUUCAUGUUUGUCGGUUUAGUACCAGCGACUAAUUAUACGGUUAGAGUUCGAGCUUGUUCCUCACUUGGAUGUGGUAAAUGGUCUGAUCCUAAAUUUCAAGUAUCAACUUUAGAUGGAAUUGCUGAAGCACCGGAAAAUGUUAUCCUUAGGUGUUUCUAUGAUUCUGAUCGAUCAUCAAAUCGUGUUAACAUUACAUGGGAUCCACCAUCUAAAUCAAGAGGAACCAUAGUCGGUUAUAAUGUUUCUCUAGAAGGUCAUUCAUCUUAUCGUAACGCUGAUAAUCAAAUGGAAAUGGAUAAUUUUAAGAAAAUCUAUCCCGUUGAUAGUAAUGAAUCAAGCCUUAGUUUAGACGUUAAACCUAAUACCAAUUAUACGGUUCGAUUGUGUACCCUUAAUAAAGCGGGUUGUGGAGAGUUAAGUGUUAUCACCUCAUCGACUAUGUGCUACUCUUCACCCACCGUUCCACCCUCAAUUCCAGGAGCUGGAUCAUUACUUUCCUUGGUUGAUCCAGAUGAUCCUUUCUGUCGUCAAUUAAAGUUAACCAUUCCCCGUCUCUCGGAGAGAAAUGGACCAAUUAAAUGUUAUAAAAUAGUGAUAAUUAAAUUGCCAAAAAACACGGAAACCAAUCUGGUCUUACCUCCAUUACCCUCCAAUGUAAAUAUUACCACCUACGCUGACGUCCAUUCAUCAACCUUUGCUGCCCUUCAAAGUAAUGAUACAACCCUUUUGGGUGCCUACAUUGCCGAUGAAAUGUCACCCGAUAAUCUUGCCGAUGAGAUAAUUAUUGGUGAUGGUGAACAUUCAUCUUGUGAAGAUGGUCGAAUACCAAGAAGAAUCGAUCCUGGUUAUAUGAUGACCACUCCUAGUGAAAUAAUUAAUAAUAAUAAUAAUAAUAAUGUUAAUAGUAACACCAAUAAUCCUAAUCAAAAUGGUCCUAAUAGUAUUCACAUAAACAUCCAUACCAAUGGUGUUAAUCAUCAUCAUCAUCAUAAUCAUAGUCAUAGUAAUUUAAAUUAUGGUCCAUACUAUUCAACUAUCGGUUUAUCUUCAUUAAACAAUUUAAUUGCUGAUGGACCUUUAGAUUCGUCAACUAAUUACUCGGGGUUCAUUGAGGUUCGUGUUCUUGGACCUAAUGGUGUUUAUCUUACCAAACAAAGUGACUUUUUUGAUACCAUUACCACCGGUUCGGUUGACCCAAGGGUUGGAUCACUUUCACCACUUUCACCAAUCUUUGCCUCUCUCAGUGAUUCAGCGGCGGCCAUUUUGUUUGGUAUUGUUUGUGGCCUUGCUUUGAUUCUAUUUUCCGUUCUCUCUGUGAUUUGUUUCCUAAGGACAAAGGUUGAUGAUUCUCUUAGUGAGACGGGUGACGAUGAGCGCCUUGGCCUUACCGCUUUACUUAGACGAACUGUUGUUGGAACCAAAAAUGGACACAUCAUUUCAAAUGGUGUAAUUGGUUCAAUCAAUGGACACAAAUGGAUUGGUCAACCUAUUCCAAUACAAAAUUUGCCCAAUGUUUUUAUUGAGCGUCAUGCCAAUUCAGAUCUACUUUUUCAGUCUGAGUUUGAAGCGUUACCCGAAAAUUUUGGUGAUCGAACCUCUAUCGAUUCAAAUCUAACUGAAAACGUUGGUAAAAAUCGUUACCCUGACAUCAAGUGUUAUGAUCAAACUCGAGUUAAACUAUCACCUAUCGAGGGUAUCCCUGGAUCGGAUUAUAUUAACGCUAAUUUUGUUGAAGGUUAUAAAGGUCGAAAGCUUUAUAUUUGUGCUCAAGGUCCAGUUGAGAAAACGGUGACAGAUUUUUGGCGAAUGAUCUAUGAACAAAAGGUCAGUGUUAUCGUCAUGUUAACUGGGAUUGAAGAACAUGGUAAAAUCAAAUGCUCUCAUUAUUGGACAGACUCUGGGACUAAAAAGAUUGACACUUUAUACACCGUUAGUUUGACCAGUUAUACCAAAUACUCUGAUUUCAUCAUCCGUCGAUUUUCACUUACCCGCCUUGAUGCCGAUGAAGAUGAAUUACCUCGAGAUGUGUUACAGUUUCACUUUCUCCUUUGGAAAGAUUUUCUCGCACCGGAACAACCUUCAUGGCUCCUUCGAUUCAUUAAACGUGUCAAUGAACAUUAUUGUCCAGAUAAAGGUCCACUUUUGGUCCACUGUUCAGCUGGAGUGGGUAGAACGGGUACAUUUAUCGCUAUCGAUUCUCUGGUACCCGAAAUUACCUGUGGAACCACAAUAAACAUCUACGAAUGUGUUUCUCAGCUACGAUACCAACGAAACUUUCUGGUCCAAUCAUUUAAACAAUACAUUUUCGUCUAUCGAGCACUAAUGGAGUUUGCACAAUUUGGUGAUACCGAGAUUGAAAUUUGCCACCUUAAAGAUCAUUAUCGUCAACUGAAGGAGCAAAAAUUUGAGGGCAACAUCAAUGGUGUCAUGGCGGAAUUUGAUAGACUCAAUGAAGUUAUUGAAGAUCCUAAAUCAUGUUGUGUUGGCCUAAUGGAUAUGAACAUGAACAAAAAUCGUUACGAUUUUAUUAUACCUCAUGAUAUUAAUCGAGUUAUUUUACCUCCAUUACCUACAAAGGAAAACUCGUCUUAUAUCAAUGCCUCAUUUGUUCAGGGUUAUGAUCGUUGUUUAUCAUUUAUUGUUACACAAGAUCCACUGGACACAACGGUGCUGGACUUUUGGAGGAUGAUAUUGGAGCAAAAUGUUAGCAUAUUGGUCAUGCUUUCGGAACUUGGUGAUGGUCAAUCAAAGUGUUACUGUUACUGGCCAAAGACAGAGACAGUUUUUGAUUAUGUUAAAAUUAUACCUGAAAGUGAACAAGAAUUGGACAAUUAUAUGAUUAGAAAAUUUUAUGUGGUCAAUACAAAGAAUAAUGAUUCAGUUCAAUUGACUCAAUAUCAUUUCAUGUUAUGGCGAAGUGGAGUUGUCCCAGAAGCGACUUUACCUAUUCUGAAAUUGAUUGAGGUCACCCUUUCCUCUAAUUCCUCAUCCUCAUCUCCAAUCGUGAUCCAUUGUUCGGGCGGAGGUGAUAGGUCAAGCCUUUUCGUUACUUUAUCUUCAUUAACCCAACAGAUUCGGACUGAUGGACGAGUUGACAUUUUCCAAACCGCUCGAUAUACACGAUCUCAAAGGCCUUGUAUGCUUCAAACAAUCGCACAAUAUGAUUUCAUUUAUCGAAGUCUAAUAGAUUUCAUUGAUUCACACAAUCUAUGUGAUAAUAUGAGUGACACACAAUUAUGACAUUGUCACAAUUAUAUUAUCACUUAUAAAUAGGAUCUUUUUAUUAUUAUUAUAAACAAUUAACUUUUUAAAUCGGAUACACUAAACCUACUCAAUCACUCACUCACACACACACAAUCAAACUGAACCAAGGAAAACAUUAUAUCAUUAACUAUCAUGAUCAUAAUCAAAAGGUGAUGAAAUGAAAAGUUGAUUGAUAACAAUUAUGGCAAUAAUAAUUACCAUGAGACUGAAUUAAUGUGAAACCAGAGCAAUUAAAAGUACUGAUAAUAAUGAUAAUGUUGGUUAAAAAAAAACAAUGGACACCAAUUUAUAUUAUCUAAAUAUAUUACCAAGGGAAAAACUGUAUCUCCAUGAAGCAAGAAAAAAAAACAUGAAAAGGAUCAUGAUCACAGUGAUGAAGGAUAAUAGACUGACAUUUUAACAACAAUUGGAUUAUGAUGAUGAUUAUCUCAUUGAUUGAAAAGAAAAGAGAAAGGAAUAACAUGGCAAUUAGAUUAUAACAAUCAGUUAAUUGUUCCAGUUUUACUAGAAAAAAAAAACUAUUCAUAUGCUCAAAAACAAAAACAACGGAUCCAACAAACGACAAGUCUACAAUUUUUUUACGAUAACUAUUGUUUUCUCAAUAGUAAAAGAUGAGCGAGCAGAGAGAGAGAGAGUAUCAACUUCUCUCUCAUUCACUAUCAUCCUCAUCUUCAUUCACACAAUUAUCAAGCUUAAUUGUGCUUCUUUUUUCCCAGUGAAUAUGAGAAACAAUUGUAAUCCUUUUUUUUAUUAACCCGGAAAAAAAACACGAAACUAAACCUUUCCUCCCAUUUCCUCAUCUUCUCAUGACGAUUUCCUCGACGCAAUUUAUACCACCUCCUUUUAAUUGUUAUUAUUAAGACGAAGAUGAAAAGAAUCUAAUUAUAUUUAUGUAAUAAUCAAUACGAUUAAUAAUUAAUCUAAUUAUAUAUUUGUACAGAAGCCAAUGUGCAAUCUUUUUAGAGUUAACUAAUCACAAACCCUAAACUUUUUUGUUUCCUUGUGCCAAUUGAACAUUGAUUUGUUUUUUGUUAUAUAUUAUGAAAACCUACCGACAAAUGAUUUAAUUUGAUUGUCAGAAAGAGCAAUUGUAUAAAUUGUAUUAAUCAAUCGUUUUUACCACAACAAUUUAACUCUCUGAUCAACUAAUUGCUUUCAACAGCAAUAAUACAACAAUAACCUUAACUAAUCAAUUGUAAUAAACCCAAUCAAUUUAAGUUUCUCUCUCUCCUCUUUCAAUCAUGUUAAUCAUUUAUCAUCAAACAACAUCAUCAUUUUUAUUAUUAAAUUGAACAAUUAGACGAAUUAAAAACAAAACAAAAUUGAAAAUAAUUAACUUGACAA